UGACCCUGUAGUAUUUAUACAACAUUAAAUUAUUUGGUUGACAGUUUUUAAAAGCAAACAUAGUAAGAUUUAAUAUUUCAUAAAAAAUAUGGAUGAAAAAUUAACUGAGCUUCAAAAAGGAUGCCUAGUAUAUGGUGUUUUAUUGGUGAUAUGGCUACAACUGACAACAAUAUUAGCUGCUGACUGUCCAAUUAAAGAGUGUUUAUGUCAUGACAGGGAUUGGCCCACAGAUGAAAGAAUUAUAGACUGUCGAGACAAAAACCUUUUAUCAGUUCCAUUAAUCAUUGCUUCUGAAGAAAUAUUUAAAGAACUGACAUUCAGCAGUGAAAACAAAAGAUGUAGGGACAAUAUCCCUUCAACAUGCAGUAACAGAAUAAUUCACAUUGCCAAUAAUACUUUUGCAGGACUUAAAGUCCGCAAACUUGACUUCAGUACAAAUUACGUAGUUUCAGUGUCUAGUGAUGCCUUCAGGGGACUGGAGACAUAUUUGACAGAACUUAUCUUAGAAGGUAAUGAUUUAAGAAGUGUCCCCUUUGCGUCCCUACCACAGUUGACUAAUCUUAAGUCAUUAACCAUAGAACAUUACUCUCUAAUUAAAAACUGUAUCUCUUCAUUUCCACAAAAAUUUCCACAUCUUGAAACAUUUGUGCUAGAUACACUUCAGAUGCAGUACAUAACAUCACGUUCUGUUGUGGGAAAAUUUCCAAAAUUGAAAAGAUUAGAGAUAUUAGGAAAUCCAGACUUUACACGAUUCCCCCUUGGUGCUAUAAGAUUUCUUACUACGUUGGAACAAAUCCGUUUCGUAAAAAAUGGCAUUUCAACAUUUCAACAUGCUGGAAAUGCAUUGAAAUCUCUUCAUAAGUUAACUCAACUGGAUCUGUCCGAAAACAAGUUAAAUGUCUUACAAUUUGGAUGCUUUAAUCAUAUACAACAACGAAUAAAGUAUCUAGGUCUUCAUUCCAAUAAAUUAGAUGGAAACAGAUUGAUAACUCUGACAGAAGGUACCUGGCCAAAGCUUGAAACGUUAGUAUUAGACAAUAAUCCUCUAGGAACAAGUGGUAUUCCUACAAAUCUAUUCAAAAACAUGCCAAAUCUGGAAUAUCUCUAUCUCGUGAAAACUCAGCUCAUUCAAAUAGAACAUAAUGACUUCAUAGGAUUGUCCAAUCUUUAUUUUCUUGAUCUAUCUGGUAAUAAAAUUACACAUAUUGAUUCUGGAACCUUCACCCAUACACCAAAUUUAAAAGAUCUUGAACUAUGUUCUCUAACAAGAUCAAAUUAUAAACUGAACUUCACUGCAGAAACUGCACAGGGACUUCAGCAUUUGCAAAGUAUCAAUUUGCAAAAAAUACAACUCUGGCCAUCUUCAUUCUGGAAUUCACUGAGUCUCAUGACUGGUUUAAAAGACAUAAAGCUUGUAGAUAAUGGACUGUCAAAUAUUCAAGAUUCGGCAUUUCAGUAUAAUACCCAGUUGGAAAGGCUAGAGAUCAGUAGCAAUAGUCUUACUGAACUAACACAAGCUCAAAUUAAUGGCUUAGGUGGCAGUCUCAAGCUACUAGAUUUAUCCAGUAAUUCUAUUACAUUAAUCGAUAAAUGUGUAAUUGAAGAACUUGCAGUCUUAGAUACAUUAAAACUGAAGAAUAAUCCUUUGCAUUGUGACUGUAAACUAAAAGCACUGAAGGAAUGGACAAAACUUAAACAGGCCUCUAUUGAAUAUUUUGAAUUUUCUCUGAAUGCUGAAUGUAGCACUCCUAAAAGAUUAAGGAACAAAUCUCUGACAAGAUUGUCCAAAAAGCACCUUGUGUGUCCGAAAUAUACACAACAGAUUCAGUGCCAUAAUUUCACUACACCUUCCUCAGUCGUCAAACCCAGAUUUAGAAAUGUUUAGAAGGGAUGGCUGUAGAAAAUCAACACAUUCAGUGCCUCAAUUUCACUAAAACUACCUCAACAAGACACGGAUCAGGAAUUUUUUAGAAGAGAUGGCUAUAGAAUAUUCAUCUGACAAUUCAGCCUACUUUUCAUCAAUUUUGAUUCCAAAAAUUACAAGAAAGAAAGAAUGACCAAAGAAACUAACAUCGACCAAGUGGCCAGCUCUGAUUUAUGGAUUUUAUUCAUGCAUAUGUGUGUACCCUGACACUGCCCGAGAGCUCUGCAUUGAGACUUUCAUUUGAUAAUACAGUUGCCAUUAUAGUGUGUUCAGCAUGAAUUCUGAAACUGAUUGAAUAGAUUGUUUGUUUUCUUUAACUAAUAAUAAAAUAUCAAUAAGAUCAA